GAUGCCCCUGGCCCUAAACCCCCUGAAGAGCAAGGACGUGCUGGCGGUGCUGGCCGAGAGGAACCAGGCUGUAAUGCCGGUUGGGGCCUGGGUGGAAGCGGCCUCGCCACAUAGUUCGGAAGUCCCCGCGUAUGUGAGUGUCAGUUCGAUGCAGGUGUAGUGGGGCCUCCCCCGCCACCCCCCCAUAUUAGCCCUCUCUAAUCGGUGCUUAGAUAAACAUGAACAGUCCUUUCUCUUCUGUUGUACAAUGAGUAUGUUCCUGAAUUAGGAUUGCAGAACGCACAGGUGUCUGCCAAAACUAAUUCACAAAGUCUAGACUGCUUGCUAUGCACAAGACGUAGGCACUGGCUGUAUCUUGCAGACGCCCUCCAAGGCAGUAGGGAUGACGGUUGCCACACUUUGUACUUCAGCAUAUAUGAUUGAAGAAGAACUAAAGGAGCAGCUAAGAAAAAAACAAGAAGCUCUGAAGCAUUUUCAGAGACAAGUCAAACACCGAGUAAAUCAGCAAAUCCGGCUGAGAAAAAAGCAACAGCUUCAGAGAUCUUAUGAAGCAGCAGAAAAAGAAGGCUCUAUAGCCAUGCAGUCUUCAGAUCCAGCACAUUUAAUUCCUAAAAAAACAAGUGUUUUUUCAAACAACUUGAAUGCUGCUAUUGGAAGUGCUAGGUUACCUCCUUCCCAGAUGCUUGGAGAUGGAAUAGAUGAUAGAGAGAAUCAGAAUGAAUUAUUCCAACAACAAGCCCAGGCGCUUAGUCAAACCAUGAAACAGGCCCGUCACCGGCUGGCAUCCUUUAAGACUGUGAAUAAAAAAAAUGCAUCAAUGUUCCCAGAUGGUAGAAGGAAAACCUUUCCCCCUCAAGAGGAACCUGACUCUGAGGAAUCUUCAUCUACUACGGUAGAUAAGAGAGAGAGAGAAAAUUUGUUUUGGGGACAGCAGCAGGAUCUCCUUUCUGAAAACAGGGAGAAACCUUUCAGCAGAGUACAGAAAGUACAGUUCAAAAAUCCAUUAUUUGCUGUGAUGAAAGAGGAAGAGCAAAAGCAAUUGGAUCUUCAGGACCUUCAGGAUAUUCUGCCGGAAGCCCAGGAUUAUCUUGCAGAAGCCCAAGGUGAUCUGCUGGAAACCCAGAGUGAUUUGACAGGAGUCCAGAAUGUUGAGCUAGAAGCUGAGAGUGUUGAACCAAGGCUCAGUAUCCAGCCUAUUGAUCCAGAAAACCAAGCUGUUGAGCCCGAGGCCCAGGCCAUUGAGCCUAAAGUCCAGGCUGUUAAGAUAGAAACUCAGGGUAUUUUGCCAGAAGCCCAGAAUAUUGAACUAGAAGAUGAGAGUAUUAUGUCCAAAGUCCAGGAUUUGCUACCCAAAGAACAGUCUGUUCUUCCCAAAGACCAGAAUAUUCUACCCAGAUGUCAGGACCAGGACUUUCUACUUAAAGACCGGGAUUUUCUACCUAAGGACCAGAAUAUUCUACCCAGAUGUCGGGACCAGGACUUCCUACCUAAAGACCAGGAUUUUCUACCUAAAGACCAGAAUAUUGAAUCCAUAUUUCAGGACCAGGAUUUAUUACCCAAAGACCAGCAUUUUCUACCCAGGGAUCAGAAAGCAGGUUUGAAGCAGGGAGCAUCAAUUUUGUUAGGCCCAAGAGGGAGAGAGGCAUUUCCUCUGGCUGUCCAUCAGGACCUUCAACACAGGCGUCAAGAUCAGGCCUCCAUCAUGGACAAGAAAGUACGCUUCAAGGAGUCAUACUCUGAUAUGUCAAGUGAGGAAGAGAGGGAAGGCUUUUCUGUGGCAGGUCAUCAGUAUCUGCCUCCCAAGCUCCAGGACCAGACCUUCAUCAGAGAUCAGAGCAAGUAUAUCAAGCAACCCUCAUCUUUUGAGAAAUGGGAGAUUGAAAGAAGACUGGCUUCUGGAGUACCACCACACAAGAACUAUGGCCAGGCCUUACAUAAUAUGACAGAGGAGAGAUGGAGAAAGGAGUUAAUUCUGGAGCCUCAUGAAUAUGUUUUACGUGAUACCCGUGAUCCAGGUUCUGCUGGACAGCAGAGCUUAUGCUUCAGGCAGCAGCCAUCUGUUGGGACAUCUGAAAGAUGGCAAGAGGAUUUGCGUCUGGAUGACCAUCAGCAUCUGCCACCCAAGAACCAGAGAGAGGCUUCCAGCAGAAGACAGGUUUAUGAUGAAUAUCAAUCAAGAUUGAACACUGAAUUCCAAACUCCCCAGACAUUUCAGUCUGGAGUAGAUCAAGAAGAAGACAAGAAAGAGCGUCAAAAGCAAUACCUGAGAUAUAGACGACUUUUCAUGGAUAUUGAGAGAGAACGAGUAAAAGAACAACAAAGGCAAAAAGAACAUCAGAGGAAAGUUGAAAAAAUUAAGAAGAAGAAAGAGCAGCAGCGUUAUGCUGAAGAACAGAGGAUACUAAGAAUGAACUUUCGUGAAGAGCCAUAUUCAGAGAAGAUGAGUGAGAUACUAGCCCAGCUACAACUUGAGGAAAUAAAAGGAGCCAGAGAAAAACAACAACAGAGAGAAAAGGAAUGCCAAAGAUAUAUGGAAGCUCUACGAGCCCAGAUCCAGGAGAAAAUGCGACUGUAUAAUAUUACUUUACCUCCCCUCUGCUGUUGUGGUCCUGACUUUUGGGAUGCUCAUCCUGAUACCUGUGCCAACAAUUGUAUUUUCUAUAAAAACCAUAGAGCAUAUACCCGGGCACUGCAUUCCGUCAUCAAUUCCUGUGAUAUCCCUGAGGGGACCUCAACUCUUCGAGUCGCCAUGCAUAAUUUGGCUUCUGCACACAGACGGACUUUGAAAAAUCUGUAAUGAGAAUCUGAAUCCAAUUGUUAGUGUUUCACUCUUCACUUAAAAUCAACCCUGAGAGAUUAUUUAGGAAAAGCUGUUAAAAUGUGUAAUCUGGUAAGAAGGACUGUCACAUAUGACAGUCAUCUCUAUAACUAGAUUAUAACAAUUAUUUCAGUCUGUGCUUGUAACUGAAAUUGAAAGUUGACCUCCAAACCUGUGUUUUUGUCAUGAACUGUAUGGAGUACAUUGUUUUCAAAUGAUCAGUCAGACCAAUAGCUCUGCUCUGGUCAGAAGAGAUCAUGAGAAAUCUUUGAGAUUCUCUCAUUUUGUCUUUCUUAAAGUCUUGACUUUGAGUCUUGACAAGAUUGAAAAUGUCUAGAUAAAGCCAAAAAGAAGAUGAUGAAAUGAAUUUCUGAGCAUCAGUGGCCAUCUGUAUUGCUGAUAGCUUUUCUAGUUGUGUAUAACAAUUAGAAGUGAGAAGAAUCUGAAUUUGAUGUACAUUUUUUUCUCAAGAUUUUUCUCUCCUGGCUUUUAAACUUAGUACCUCUUUCCCUACUCAAUGACAUUGGACUUAAAACUUUUUAAUUUUAUAAUUUUGUAUUGUAAAAAUAAAGUGAAUAAACCCUC